AUGACCGAGAACCACCCGUCCUGGAGGCCCGAGACGCUCCAGCUCCACGCCGGCUACGAGAAGGCAGAGAGCGCACAGCGCUCGCGCGCCGUCCCCAUCUACCAGACCACCUCGUUCGUUUUCAACGAUAGCCAACACGGCGCCGACCUGUUCGGCCUCAAGGAGGCGGGUGCUAUAUACAGCCGCAUCGGAAACCCGACGGUUGAAGUCCUCGAGCAGCGCAUCACUGCUCUCGAGGGCGGCGCAGCAGCCGUCGCGACCGCGUCGGGCCAGAGCGCCCAGUUCCAGGCCAUCGGUGCCAUCGCCCAGUCGGGCGACAACAUCGUCGCGACCACGGCCCUGUACGGCGGGACCGUGAACCAGCUCAAGGUCCUGUUCAAGCGCUUCGGCAUCGAGGCCCGCUUCGUCAACUCGGACGACCCCGCCGAGUUCGCCAAGCGCAUCGACGCCAACACCAAGGCGCUGUACAUCGAGUCGCUCGGCAACCCCAAGGGCAACGUGUUCGACAUCCCGGCGCUCGCCAAGGUCGCCAACGAGCACAAGGUCCCCCUCAUCGUCGACGACACGCUCACGGCGGUCGGCACCAUGACGCGCCCGUUCGACCUCGGCGCCCACAUCAUCGUCUCGUCGCUCACCAAGUACGCCGGCGGGCACGGAACGAGCCUCGGCGGCAUCAUCGUCGACUCGGGCAACUUUGACUGGGCCGCGUCGGGCCGCUUUCCCGACUUUACCACGCCCGCCGAGUCGUACCAUGGGCUCGUCUUUACCGAGGCGCUCGGCAAGGUCGCGUUCGCCGGCAAGGUCCGCCUCGAGCUCCUGCGCGAUCUCGGAGCGUGCAUCUCGCCGUUCAACGCGUGGCUCAUCCUCCAGGGCCUCGAGACGCUCACGCUCCGCGUCGAGCGCCACUGCGAGAACGCCCUCGUCCUCGCCAAGUGGCUCGAGGCGCACCCGUCGGUCGGCUGGGUGUCGUACCUCGGAUUGCCGAGCCACCCGUACCACCAGCUCGCGCUCAAGACGUUCGCCAAGGGCAAGUACGGCGGGUUCCUCACGUUCGGCGUGCGCGACGACCAGGACGGCAAGAAGGGCGCCAAGGUCGUCGACUCGCUCAUCCUGCACAGCAACCUCGCCAACAUCGGCGACGCCAAGUCUCUCGUCAUCCACCCUGCAUCGACGACGCACUCUCAGCUCACGGCUGACGAGCAGCUCGCGAGCGGCGUCUCGCCCGACCUCAUUCGUGUCUCUGUCGGCAUCGAGCACAUCGACGACAUCAUCGCCGACUACAAGCAGGCGUUCGAGAAGGCGGCGUUGGCCUGACGAGCUUUCGAAGCAGUGCAGGGGGAGCGUGUCGCUUGCAAGCCGUAAUGCAGUAUCGUUUGUCGUA